GCAGGUAUCAACAUGGAUCUCAACGCCUUCGCCGCCCUCAAGAAGCAGAAGGCUAAAGUCCCGGGCCAGAAGGAGCCCAGUAAGCAGAAGCCCCUCGGGGAGUUCUCGAAGAAGGGCAGUGAGCCUUCGGAGGAGGCCGCCAAGAGGAAGGCCGCCGGUAAAGCCCCAAUCCCCGAGGGGAAGAGGCCAAAGAAGGGGGACGCUGGGAAGAAGGCUCUCCAUGUGUGGUUGUGGAUGAGCACUCCACCUCCGAGCCCUGUGCCCAAAUGAUGACGUCUGCUUCCCAUUUGCCCUCGGGUCAGGGGGUGAGGUAAGCUUGCCCCGGGAGGACAUACAGUUCUCCCUGCCGAAGGGGGAUGCCAUCACACAUGGCACCGUAGACCCUCGGGAGUUCCUGGGCGGGGCUACCCCUGCAUUGGACAGGAAGGCCCUCGGGAAGCUUGAUGACGAAGCUCUCGAGUCAAAAAACCUCUGGUCCUCCCUUACUGCCUGCAUAGCCCUCGGCGAGCAUGCCAGAAGAUUUGACGAGUGGUGCCUCCAGAAGGCGCAACAGAAUGAGUCAAUGAAAAAACUCAUCCAUGACAACGCCGAGGCCAUGAGGCAAAUGGCCCAGCUGGAAGGAGACCUUCGGCAGGCGAGGGCUGCAGCGGAGAAGGCGGCCAAGGAGAGAGCUGAGGUCGAGAAGGCUGCUGCUGAGGCCGCAAGGAAAGCUUCCGAGGACGCAGAGGCCACCAAAGCAGAGGCCGCCGCUGGUGCUGUUGCUGCCUUCAUGGCCGAGGGGUGGAAGGCAGAAGGCCACAAAGAUUGGGUGGCCUCGGUCGUGGAGGGAUCCGCCGAUGGGUGGGUGAAGGGCCCUGGGGCGAUGUGGCUAGCCCGAAAGGGCGAAGACUAUUAUGC